AUGUUUGCUCGUUCUGUCAUCCGCGCUACUAAGGUAGCUACGCCUUCGCAGAUCGCUCGUGCUUCCUUGCCAAAGGUUGCCCGUGCCUCUUUCACAGCUUCCACCAAGCGAUGCACCCCUCCGGAGGUCAUUGCUGAGAAGGAGGUCCUCCAAUCCUCCUAUUCUGGUGGAGAGGUGCAGCGUUCUACCAUCAUUGUUGGUGAGGACGCUCACAGCAGCAAGGUGUCUCCUUUGACUCAGAAUGUUUACAACACCAUGCCAAAGACCAUGCAAAGCCUCAGCUUGAUGGGCAAGACUGUUAUUGUCACUGGCGGUGCUCGUGGUCUUGGAAACUCAAUUGCUCGUGCAUGCAUUGAGGCUGGUGCCAAGAACAUGAUCCUCUUUGACGCCAACCAGGACCUUGGAGAUAUCUCUGCAGCCGAACUCCAUGAGCAGACCGGUUCUACAAUCCCAAUUGAGUUCUUGAAGGUCGACGUCCGUGACGCUGGUGCAGUUGAGAGCGGCAUGAAGGCCGUUUUGGAGAAAUAUGGUGCACCUGAUGUUCUGAUCAACUCUGCCGGUAUUGCCGACUCCAACAUCCCAGCCGAGACCUACGAUCUCGAGAUGUGGCGCCGAUUGAUCGAUAUCAACUUGACUGGUUCAUUCAUGGUGUCCCAGGCAGUUGGUCGUGCCCUGAUGGCCGAGAAUAAGCCUGGAUCGAUCAUCUUGGUAGCCUCCAUGUCCGGCUCCAUCGUCAACUAUCCGCAAGAGCAAUCUUGCUACAAUGCCUCCAAGGCCGGUGUCAUCCAACUUGGCAAGUCUUUGGCUGCUGAAUGGGCCAAGUACGGCAUCCGUGUGAACUGCAUCUCUCCCGGCUACAUGGACACAGCCCUGAACAACGUCCCAGCCCUCGACGCCCAGAAGAAGAUCUGGAAGUCGCUCACCCCACAAAAGCGCCUCGGUGCAGUCGACGACCUUAACGGUCUCGCUGUUCUCCUCGCUUCAGACGCCUCUGCCUUCAUGACCGGCUCUAACGUCAUCAUCGACGGCGGCUACACCCUCUAUUGA